UGCGCAUGCGCAGCCGCUCUCCCUGCCGCUCCUCCUAAGGGAAGCAGCGCCGCCAUUUUCUCUGGCGGACCGUAGCAAGUGAGGCGGGUGGAGGCUGUUACGGGUUCAGUUACACGCCAGAAGCGCCGGUUCUCCGAGGCCAGGACUCGCCAGUGCAUCUGAAACAGUCAAAGUUCACUCCAAUCCGCGUGGAAGAAUAAAAUGAGUGGCUGUCGUGUCUUCGUUGGACGUCUAAGUCCACAUGCCCGAGAGCGAGAUGUGGAGAAAUUUUUCAAGGGAUAUGGUCGCAUCCGUGAAAUAAAUCUUAAAAAUGGCUUUGGUUUUGUGGAAUUUGAGGAUCACCGAGAUGCAGAUGAUGCCGUUUAUGAACUGAAUGGUAAAGAACUAUGUAAUGAAAGAGUUACAAUUGAACAUGCCAGAGCCCGGAGAGGGGGUAGGGGCAGAUAUUCACAACGAUUCAGUUAUUACCAGUCCUACGGGGGUGGAUCUAGCCAGUAUGGUCCACCUCUUCGUACUGAACACAGGCUUAUAGUUGAAAAUCUUUCUUCACGUGUCAGCUGGCAGGAUUUGAAAGAUUUCAUGAGAAAAGCUGGAGAAGUUACCUUUGUAGAUGCUCACAGAAACAAUCCAAAUGAAGGUGUUGUGGAGUUUGCAUCAUCUAGUGACAUGAAGAGUGCAAUGGACAAGUUGGAUGGCAGUGAGUUGAAUGGGCGCAGGAUAAAACUAAUUGAGGAUCGCAAAAGACGCAGGAGCAGAUCCCGUUCCAGAAGUUAUUCGAGAUCUCGCAGCAAGUCCAGGUCUGCAAGAUCUUCCAAAUCGAGCAGCAAGUCUCGCUCCCGAAGCCGUACCCCAGACAAGAGGGGCUCUAGGAGCCGCACCCCUGAGAGGAAGGGGUCUGAGAAGCACCCCCAAAAUUCCUCCCCUUCUCCUCCCCCAGCCAAGAAGAGGUCUCGCUCUAGGUCAAGCUCUGCCGAGAGCCGCAGUUAAGGUAUUUCAGAGAUGUAUACAUAUUCCACUUUUAAGUCAAAUUUUCUAUAAGCUUGAAUACGUUGCAAAUGGGAGAGAGGGAAAAUUCACCCAGUGACCAUAGGCCUCUAGAGAAUGAAGCUUAUCCAACCCUCGUUCCCCCCUUAAUAGAGUUAGGUAAAGUGUAACCAAUAACAAUAACAAUUUGAAUUGGAAAAUUAUAAUGAUCCAGAUGCCCCAUUGUACAACUUAGGUGAACCCUUGCUGACUAAAGCAGCCCAUGUUGAAGUUAAAUGUGAUGAACAAAGACACGGACUGUAGUGCCACUGUGGCUCUGCUUCUUCUUUGCAUAUAGAUUAUCUUCUCCUGACUUAGCAUUGACUAAACCAUCGUGGCUGAGCUGAGCUAGUGAUUAACAUGCAGUUUUAAGAACCUCUCCUUUAAUGGCUCACAGAAGGCUAUUUAGAUUGUGAAGGGAUAAUUUUAUUUCUUCUGAACUCAUGUUGACAUGAAAAAAUAACAAACCAAUGAAGUUGUUUUUGUUAUCCAUUUAAGCAGAUGCUGUGCAUUUUGAAAUGAUAAGCUGUAGUCAGGAAGUAUAUAUUUUUCUUCGAAUUCCAUCAAGAUUGGUUGCGGUGUUUUUCAUGACUCAGUUCAUUUUAUAAAUGAUCUUAGCAUAAGGGAGAUCACAGUGCGGCAUAUAGGAGAAUAUUCAAUCUACAUUUUACAGAGACAAAUUAAAGAGAUAUAACAUUUCUUGCAAUCUGAGCUUGUAUUUUGAUAUUGCAAAGAGAGCAUUGUUCUGUGUGACUACCAGUGUGUGACACUAAAAAUUGCAAGGUAUAAUGGUAUCAGAAGCAGGAAAUUGUCACAUAGUGGAGGGUUAUUUUCAAACUGUCAAAACACAUUUUCAAUAAAAACUUAAUGUGAUGUGAAUUUAUUAAUGCUAAAACAUAAACAGGCAUUUUCAUUUUCCAAAAUAGGUAGUUCUUUGUUAACUUUAAUUUUGUGAUCACUAAACUGUCUGGCUUCCACACCUAAAAUGAGGGAACCAGGUUAAAAUAUUUGUAAACAAUUCUAAAAUGUUUAAAUGUAUUGAUGUGAUACAGUAAAUACAAUAAAUGUUUCUCCCCUGCUUUACUGUAGCUUCAGCAAUGUUUCUGUGUUGCUCAUUAAAACUUAAGUUGGUAAAUUUUUUCUUGGUUAGCAACAGUUUUUAUUUUCAAUAAAAUUGAUACAUAAUGAAA